AGUUGUUGCUACGGCAACAAGCGUAGCUACUGCCCUCCGACGAUGUGCGUCGGGAUGCCACUGGUAAAAUGUGAGACAUGCUUAUUUACUUUCCGGGACAAGAUAUUUUACUCCCGUUCUCCAAUUGAGACAACUUGGAGAAUAUUUACCUCCCCUUUAAACGUCACGCGUUGGACGUACCGCUGCGUAACAACAAUUUCUGCUGCCCGUCAACGCGUAUACCAAUUGAUCAUUUACGUAAUGUUACCAUAGCAACGGAUAGGUCGGACGGUGAGCGGAAGGAAACUCAAAUACCAACUUGAUAUCUUUAAAAACACAUUGAUGAGAAACUUGGAAUACUUAUCGUACAGUUUAGUUCGAUUUUAGUGCCAACAGACUUCAAAAUGGCCAAGAGUUGCAUUGAAGUCGACCCACCAUUCGUCGAAUUCAAAGAUGUGCAACUUGGCAAGGUCUACUCGACUGUCGUCACAGCCAUUAAUGUUGGCAGAAUCACCAGGGAAAUUUUUUUUGAAAGCCCAAAGUUAAAGGCUUUUAAGUUCUCAGCACCCAGAUUUGCUAAAAAUGUAGCUCCUGGUUUGUCCGUGAGUGGCUUACUGGAGUUUAUCCCCGAGAAAGAGGAGAAAGUCACAGACUACAUUUAUGUUCAUGUAGAUGCUGCAGAGAAACUUGAAGUUCCACUACAGAUUUCUCCUCGGGUUUGCUCCCUAUCCAUGGACUCGAAACUAGACUUUGGCUUUCUUCCUGCCAGUGGACAAAUCAUUACCAGAUUUAUUCCCAUCACCAAUCGGGGAACAGCAUCAGGUGUGUUCAAGGUGCUGCACUGUGGAGACUCUUUGAUCCGACUUUCACCUUGCAGUGGCGUCGUAGCGGCUGGCGCUACCAGGCGGCUAAAGGUCGAACUACAUGCCGACAAACCCAGAAAAGUUGAUGAAAAGGCCCUAAUCAGGCUUCAGAAUGGCUCCAUUGUGGUUCUCAAUAUCAGAGCUGAUGUGGUUGAGCAACAUCUUGAAAUCUUGGAUACACAGGGUAAUCAUUUGUCCUGUCUUUGCUUCGGACCUGUCUACUAUGGGACGUCCCGUGUGGAGCGCGUGGUCUUUACAAACAACGGGCCCCAAGCAUGUGACUGGGUCUGCUUACCUCAUGAUUCGGCUGCUGGGACUGAAAGUGGAGCAAACCUUGACAAGAGCACAGAUUUUGCUUUGGUGGCCAAAAUGCAACGAGGCAACCCAGCGCCCCGCUGCCCAUGUCCGGUUGUGGAGUGUAUUCCGAACCAAGGUAGACUGGGAGCGUAUAAGAAAACUACUGUGACAGUACGCUUCAGCCCUAUUUUCCAUAGAUUAGAUGUCAAGUCUCAAUGCCAGCCCAGUCGGCAGGACUACUGUCUUUUUCUGCACCUGGACUCAGUUAGAAGCAAGCAUGGUUUCAUGCACCGAAAUGGUAACAGUACUGUAGAGUUGGCGGUGACAGGCACAGGGUUGCCUGUAGUUCUGCUUCCUCGUCCCUCAAAUAGAUUUGACUUUUCCACCUGUGAGGGGGGCCAGCGAGGUGAACACCUUUGCGUGCUGCAGAAUUUCUGCCCGCAUCUUCCUAUCCACUUCCGCUUCCGUAAAUUGGCACACUUUGGCGCUCAGCCCUCCUCUGGCACCAUUGCCCCUGGACGGUGUCAGGAUAUCACGUUGUAUUUCAAUGCAAGACAGCAGGGGGAGUUCCAUAUGUGCCAGAAACUUGAUGUUUUGGGAUAUGUUGCUCCCAAGAGGGCUAACAGCACCACUGACGACGAAGCCAAGCUAAGGCUUGGCAGCUUCUACACCAUCUCGCUACACUUAUCAGCAAUUUGCAAAAUUGAGAUGACUCCUCCUUCUCCUAAGCUAAAUCCUGGUAUUACCCCAAUAAUCAGUAAUCCAACUGGUUUACGUCCUAAUGUUCGAUCCAAGGAAAUAGCCUGCUGCUAUAAAAUGGUCCGUGCUGCCAUAGUCAGUGCUCGUAAAACAACAUUCCAUAUGCACCAUAGGAAAAAUGAUCAAAGUCCAAACGGUGAGGAGUUUCUGGCUUUGCCGAAUGACCGAGCCACUAGCAUCAGACCAGCCUCACCACAUACACAGUUCAGGACCAUCUUUACUGGAGUACAACGUUACACCUAUUUGGAUCCUGAUUAUAGUCUCACUUGGGAGGAGACAGAAAAAAGACAACUACAUAGACAGCGUUAUACCAACUUCCUCAAGCAACUCAGACAAUCACGCCUUCAAAAGAUCAAGACAAAAUUGGAAGAACAAGGAGACAAAUUUGGGAUUAUAUCCGCUCAAGGCCUCAAACCACCUAAACUUCUCUACCAUGACGUGGAGGUCAAUCAGAGGUCAGGUAGCCAACUGAACUAUGUUUCCUGUGGCCAGCGCAAGGACAGGAAUACCAGCACCAAGCAGGUUUCAGUGGACUCACAUACAUUUCCAGCUACUAGCCAGGAAAUAACAGAUUGUGAGAGGACUUUGACACCUCAGGAGCUUUACCAAGUUAUCAUCGGCCCAGUAUUUGUGGAUUUUGGAGAGGUGUGUUUUCAGUCGGUGUGUGAUCAGAAAGUGGAUCUGAUCAAUCCCCUGCCAGUGUUUGUGCGGGUCCAAUUUGAAGUGGACUGCUCUGAGCUGGAAGGCUCAUGUCCUCUGUCUCAUGUGUUGCAACCGUUUUCACACAGCGCGGUAACCCUGACAUUUCAAAGCAACAAGCUGGGCCACUUCUACAGACCUAUAUCUUAUACCAUCAAUCAGCAACAUCCUGGACAGAUUCUGGUCAAGGCCAUGGUUGUCCGUAAUUACUUGGAAUUGUCCACCUCCCUGCUGAUACUUGGUCCAAACGCAAACCUGCUUGCCUCGUCAGGAUACCGAACCUCAGUUACCCUUCGGAACCCCCGUAAUCAGCCAGCAGAAUUCACUUGGCGCCCCGUUGUUCCAGAGUGUGGCAUUCUUUUCUCUAUUCGACCAGCUUCAGGUACAGUUGAGCCAUACAGCGAACUUGAUUGUGAAGUUGUCUGGCAUGCUGCUUUCUCAUCCCCUCAGGAAGGAGACUUUGAUCUCUGUGUCAUUGAUGGCAAUACAAAACGUCUUCACUGCAUUGCUAAGGUUGGAGCUCCUUGCAUUCGACUAGCAGAAAACCGGCUGAUGUUUGAGUCUGUGCCUCUCAACAUGCCAUCUAUCAGGGUUAUAAUCUUACACAAUAUUGGACAGAACCAUGCCUACUAUCGAGUGCUUGAUGUGUGCCCUCUGCCGUGUAUGGUGGUUACCCCAUGCGAGGGAGUGGUGCCCAGUCGGGGGAAGGCUGUCAUCGCGAUCAACUUUAAUCCUGACUCUGUCAUCAAGUUUGACACUAGAGUUGCGAUAGCGGUCAAGAACAUGAAGCCCAUUGAAGUCCGAGUGGGUGGAUCAGUGGAGCCGCCUAAUGUUGACAUCAGUAUGCCUCUCUUCCAUUUCUAUGGCGUCCAUAUUGGUUCUGAGAGAGCAGUACCCUUCACUGUAAUCAACCACUCAACAGCUGCAGCUCGGCUCACCUUCGACCUGUCGCAAUAUCCAGACUUUUCUCUGCGGCUUUCUCAGCCUGCUGCAAAAGAUAAUCAGCAAGUUGUGAGGGUUGUUGAAGCGCAAGGCCACCAGAAAGUCAACUGCUCUCUUGUCUUCUCCCCUACCGAGACAGGUGAAUAUGACUUCAAGCUGGUGCUGAUGGUUAAUGGAAUGAGAUGGCCUAUUGCUUCUCCACUGCCUUUCUCCUCGUCCACCUCGCCCUUCUUUUCAUCUAGUAGCAAGUGUAUUACCAAAGUAAUUCCCUGGACUAUCACCAUGGCAAUGAAACAGCCACACAUACAAGCCACAGUGCUGUGUGCCCCAGUGGAAAUGUUCCCAUCAAGCCUACAGUUUCAUAUGGAAGCUUUUACACAACCUUCUCAAUGCUACACAAAGACUGUGGAGCUUAAAGCAGCAUGUGAAGAGAGUGUCUGUUGGCACAACAUCCGAGACAAGAGUGUGCACUGGUGUUUUGAGCGCAGCGAUACAAAACUGCCAGAGGGUAGGAGAGAGGACAAGCUUCAUUUGUUGGUGACACCAUCAUCAGGUUGUUUGGGGCCUGGUCAGUCCAUCUGCUUGGCAAUCAGCAUUACGCCAGAGGCAUUUGCAACAUACAAAGAGACCAGUAUUUCCCUCUCUCUUUUUUUGGGAAACAAACAAGGGAGCAAAAUGGGGCAGCCGUACAAAAAGCUUCCCAUCACUGUUAUCCACCACCUCCCCAAUAUAGCUUUCAACCCCCCACAAUUGUUCCUGACCCCAGUGCCCUUGGAAAGCAGCAUAACAGCCAAACUGACCUUGGUUGCCUCAGGAUAUGCAAGUGGAACCAGUUUAUCAGCCGAAGUAGAUGAGGUGGAUCUGGAGGAUGGGACCAAGGCGCAGCCAAUUUGUGUCACCUUUCCAGAGGGUAACACUAUCCCUGCACAAGACCAGACAGCCAGAGUGACCUCACUGAUUUGCCGAGUGUCUUUUUUUUCUGUGGCGACUCUGUCCAUUUGCACAAACAUCACAUUCACUGACCACCUAAACAACAGAUUCAAGGUCAAGUUGUGUGCCACAAGCGACAACUGUUUGUUGACCGUGUGGCCCCAAAUGGCUAGUCAACGCUCCAUGCAACAAAUAGUUCUCAAGAAUGGGGCCACUGUCUUUGAAACUAUUACAUAUACACCCAGUCUUGCAUCGGAUCCAACUUCUUCCUCCUCAUUGUUUGAACCGAUCAGCGCAACACCCAAGAACUCAUCAUCAGAGUCCUUUUCACAAAGUGAGAGUGGGAGUCAGACCAGCAGCAUGAGUAUUCAUCAAACAGACACACCACAGACUGAUAUCUGUGUUCCACUAUUCCCCUCUGCAACCUCAUCGGAGGGACAAUAUUAUCAGGAUGUAUUAAUAGCAUUGGAGAAGUGGUUUAGCUUCUUUGGUUGGCUCAAUGGGCCAAACCCCACCAAAGUGCCACAGACACUCAGAAGAAUUCUGUCCGAAGAUAUCGUAAAUAUUCCAAAAGGACAGGCACAGGGUGUAAGCCAAAAAAAAGACCCCAGGUCUGCAGUGGAGAUGAUUCAUCAUCUGGCGGGCAGACGGAUUCCCAACAUUUCUCACUGUCAGACAUUUUCCACAGAUAUACACAAGCGCACUCUGCAGUUGCUCCAACAAAAUGAGGCCAUAUUUGCGUUUCUCAGAGCACAUGGAGCCUGCUUGAGUCACAUCAGAGCGGAGUACCUACUUGAUAAGCAAGAAUUCAACCACUGGUGCUCACUGCAGUCUGAUAAGGAACAGCCAGGUGUGGACUACAACAAUGUGGACUAUGAGUCUCUGAGCAAACGAUGUUGGACUGAUUUUCUCCUACAAUUAUAUAAGGUCUUCGUGUUGUGUCGCGUAUCAGAAAUCAGUCCAAACUUAAAUCAAGAGCAAUAUCAAGAAGAUAAAGAUGGAAUCCUCAAUAUUCAUUCACUGCCCAGCAACUUCUACUCUUGUCAUGAGCUUAAGCUUCUCUCAUGGCUGAAUUCACACUAUCAUUACAUGAGGAACACAGUGUGGGGUCCAGGUUCCAUCCCACCAGUACGCUGGAUUAUCAAUUUUGACCUUGACUUGGCUGAUGGCCUGGUUCUCGCUACUUUGCUUGCUGCCUAUUGCCCAUACCUGGUCUCUAGCCACUUUCAAAGGAUGUACACUACAACUCACACCCUGGAGCAGAUUCUGCACAACAACAUUAUUAUUAUCCAGGCCUUAACUAUGCUUUCCCUCAACAUGGAUCUAAAGCCCACAGACUUGUCAGAUCCAAAUCCAGUGCAAAUGCUGAUGUUGUGUGUUCUUUUAUAUGAGAGGCUUCCCCAAUAUCAGCCCAUAAAUACAAUCUCUCUCUCUGGAGGCCUAAACAAAACUUUGAGCAAGCAGGUCUAUCUGAAAAACCCGUCCAACUGCCUUGUCAAAUACCGGACCUUACUUCUAGGACAGGAUGCCAAGCUGUUCUCGGUGGCCGAUGGCUCUACUGUCACUAUUUCUCCAAAUGGAAGCACUGAUCUGACUAUCCAGUACUGCUCUUCAUUCCUGCAGCCUAAGGAAGCUGUUCUAUUGCUCAUCUCUACCUCAACAUCUGCCCGCCAUGGGGCAACUUUGACUUUCAAAGUGAACACCUGUAUUAGUCAAAUCAUACCAACAAAGAGUGUCAGGUGCAAGACUCCAUGCUAUGUACUAAAAGUGGUUCAAGUUCCAAUAACAAACACAUAUAAUGUGGAGGCUGAUUUCAGUGUGAUGCUGGUAGAGUCAACAGUCAAUCCGAUGGAAUCCGAGAAGGAAAUUGACAGACUAGUUCAACAGGCACUCCUCAAAGCCAAGAAUGAGAAGAAGAUAUCUGAGAGGAGUUGUCAUGAAGAGAUGGCAGAAGGAGAUGGUACAGAGUUUAUCAGCACAGCGGGCAGCGUUAAUCUGAAGCCCGGCCAGUCAGACACACUUAUCCUUCACUUCCUUCCCUUCUCUCCAGGAGUCAAGUAUUGUGCUGUAUUGCUCAUAUGUCCCCAGGUCGGUGAUAUGGUCUACAUAGUGAAGGCAACCGCAGAUUUGCCUCAGCCUUCCCCCCUAAGAGUUAGGCACAGUUCAAAUAUAUUCGCCAUUCCUGGUACCUCAGUGGGCCCUGGCAGUUGUAUAUCAGCGCUGCGCCUACGCUGUACUGUUGGACAGACAUGUGAGGAGCUGAUCCGUCUACCCCUGAUUAAUUCAUCCUGGGAAAACUCCCUGGCUUUGUGGGCUCAGCACAGAAUGAGCGCUAUGGAACUCCAGAGACGUAUGAUGACUUACACUUUACAUAGCAGCAGUGUGAGGGCAAGCAUGGCAGCAUGCAUGCUUUCCAAAAAGCAGAGCCAAAUGAAAGAUGUUGAUUACAAAAACGGGGUAAUUUACAGUGUGGAGGUUUCGUUACCUCGAUACUUUACUGUACCCAGCACUGUGACAAUGCCGAUUAGGAAAGAGACCAACAUAUGGAAGAAUCCUUCAGAUCAUGAUUGUGUGGAAAUACCUCUGCGCUUCAAGGCAGACUGUGUGGGACAGUUCUCAUGUCAGAUGGUCCUAAAGUCUUGCUUCGAUACCAGAGUCUACUUGAUGGAAGCACUGGUUACCACACCGGGAGGAUCACAUCACUUGGACUUCAGCUCACCUGCUCAGCAUUCAGUCACACAAGAUAUACCUCUGCAUAAUGAGACCAACCAUGACUGGACCUUUAAAGCAGAGUUAUGUGCUGAGGGUUUCUAUGGUCCUAAUGUUCUUAUUGUGCCAGCCGGGACAAGAGCAUGUUACCCUCUAACUUUUCAUCCAUCUAGACAAGGCAUUGUCAUGGGGAAGCUAUCGUUGCAUAACAGCUAUAACGGGGUUGAUCAUGUCUUUACUAUUCGGGGAGUGGGUGAGCGUCCCUUGCCUGUUGAACAUGUAGUACUACGCUGUCCUGUCGGCAAGACCACUCACAGACAACUGAGUGUCCCCAACUACAGUCAGAAUCCAUUAUCACUUCAGGUGGUCACAGACCUAUCCUUCAUCAGUGGCAAUUCAUCGCUAAAGGUUAAACCUGGUCAAAGCACCCUGUACACCUUGGCUGUGUUGCCACAGAAACGAGGGGUGCUAUCAGGUUGUAUAUCAUUCAUUGAGAUUGAUCACACUGAUGAGAGGGAUGCUGACAGAGGAAAUAUGGUCAGACUCUACGAAGUCUUCUACACUCUUGAAAUACAUUGUGAACCAGAAACACCUGUGAACACUAUUAAAGUUCUGUGCCCUGUUCAAAGCUCUGUCGCCAUAGAGAUCCCUGUUAGUAACCCAGGAGGAGAACUUCUUAUUCUCAUUGUGGACGUUGAAGGAGAUGACUUGUGUGGAGCAGACUGGAUUUUGAUCCCCCCGCUUGAAACACUUAAUUACAAAGUCACAUUCUCUCCAGGAAAAUUAGGAAAGAGUAGAGGCAGUGUGGUGUUCCACUCUGAAACAAUUGGAGAGUUUUGGUACCAGUUGGAUCUUUACGCCAUUCCCUCGGCUGUAGUCACACUCCCACAGGCUUGCUGUCCAUUGGGCAAGUCGACCAGACAGUCAAUUACAGUUGUCAACCCAACAGCAGAAACGGUUGAGGUGAUUGUGUCUAACAGUAACCCCAAAAACUACAUGCUGGAACUGGAUUCAGAAAGCACUCUGACUGUAGAACCUCAUUCCGACAUUCAACUUGGGGUUCUCUUUACUCCAUCAUCUAUUGGAGAGUGUAACCAAGGAGCAAAGAUCACUUUUACCUCCACUCAGUUGCAGCAAUGGUGUGUGUUGCUAUUUGGCCGGGGUCUCAUGCCCGGACGGGAGGAACCGCUGAGCAUUUGCACCUCAGUUGGUACCAGCAAGUCCCUAACUAUUCUGUUCACAAACCCUACUGAGUGCCCAGCCACACUGACGAUUACACUGACAGAUAAGGACCCAAGUACUGCCCCUGACUUUGUUCCAGUGGCUCCUGACAAGGAUGUGUUUUCCCUUUCCCUGAGCCAAGCUGAAGGUAUUCAGAUAAGUGAGGGAGGCAGUUUGGAUGUGCCAGUGGUAUUCACACCCAAGUCCAUGGACCAACAGCAAGCUUGGCUCUGCAUCUCUCUAAAGCCCCUCAACACGAGUGCAAGUGGGAAAAGGGCAAGAAAGAAACUGUCGACAAUCAGUUGGAUUUACCCUCUCCACGGGAUUCCUGUGAGUGUGCCUGCAGACAUCUCGCAACUCUGCGUGCUCCAAUGUGAAGCGGGUUGUCAGCUGGAGAAGAAACUUGAUGUCCACCUAACUGGAUAUAGGCCAGGAGCUCAAAGUGAACAUAAAGUUUUCAAUGUGAAUGGUGAAGACUUCCAAUGUGAGGUGUGUUUUGAAAGUGAAACUGAGGACUGCCUCUCUGCCUGCAUCCAAGAAGCAAGACAUGACCCUGAAACCAGCAUUGUAACACUCACCAUCAAUCUAACCCACAGUCCGGUCAAGCAAUGCAGGAGCACAGCAAUUCUCGUGGUACACCAUGUGUCCGGACAAAUGUGGGAGUUUUCUCUCGAUGUCAUCGCUACAGAGCCUCAGGUUGAUGACUUCAUCGAAACAGACGUCACUGAGUUUGGUAAAACAUCCGCGCUGGGAUUCUACUUGACAAGCACCACUAGGAGGCCAGAGCCUUUUACCGCAACGUUCCAGCCAGGCAGCAGUGAUGAGUUUGCGGUAGCUCCAUGCUCCGGGAUGUUGCCACCUGUCGACUCCAGCGGAACCCUCAUUAAUGUGUUUUUUACUCCUGCCAUCAAAAAUAAGAGGCACAAUGCAAGACUUAUUAUUCAGGCAUCAGCCAUGCGGUGGAUGUAUGACGUGAGAGGUAUAACGUCUCCCCUCUCUGUAUCCUGCCCCAAAAACACCACUCCAGUACUUCGAACCAACUAUGUAGCAAAGAAUCUUCGUGUUCCGGCUCUGGCAAAUUCAUCACCACUGAAAGUUCGCAAAUAACUCCUAAUCUCUUUUUUCCCUUCAAUGCGGAGAAGGGGCAAUCAAACAUACAGCCCACUUAGGCUGACCAAAGGCGGCCUAGAUAAGCUUUUGUAUAGUGGUCCCGCCAUCAUAAUCGCUUUACUAAAUGACUGACUCAGUAUAAGUGAUACUUCAUUAUUGAAUAUGUACUUUCCCACUCUCUUCCUUUCCCCUGUUAUUUAUGUUAUUUUCGCUGUGCACUUGACAGGUAAGGUCAUUUUGAAUAGACUACGAGUUCUCUGAGAACACGUUAUCUAAAAAAAUUUGCAUCUCUCCAAACAGAGCAAGCUGGAUGAGGAGCGUAGACUGUAUUAUCAUUUGUGGUCAUUUUAAAAUUUUGGUUUAUGUUUAAAAUAGAAUCGAUGUUAGGUUUUCUUAUUUCAAUAGCUGGUAGGAUUAACUAGUUAUGUUGUGGGCCUUUUUUUUAUUUAUUUUAUUUUAUUUUAUUUUUUUAAAAGUAUUUGCUUUUAUUAGAAAAUGGGUGGCAGGACGUUUCAUUCCAAUCUAGCGCAAAAUGAGUCAGGAAAUGAAAAAAAUGAUGUAGCGACACAUCAGUUUGAAAUUGAAUAUAUGCUAGAUUUUCUAUUUUAAAAGCUGUUUGCAAUUACAAGUUAUUUUUGUAGAUCCGCCCCCCCCCCCCCCCCUUUAGCAUUUGCUUAUACUGGCAAAUAGAUGGUAGAGGUGUUCUAUUCCAAUCCAGUGCAUGAUGAAUCAAGAAAUGAAAAAAAAUAAAAUGGUGUACCGACAAGAUGUUUAGCUAAAGAAUCUAUGAUUUAACACAUAAAUGGAUACUGUUCAGUACAUAUAAUCCAGCAUAUUUACAUCUUUUUGAUGUGUCUGAAUAGAGUUCAUUAAUGUGCGCUGUCUCUAUCAAAUAAAUAAAUAUUAAAUCAUUUUUUUUGCUAUGAUUAUAGAUGAGUUGAGUUUAGUUGUCUAGUUGAUAGCAGUUAGCCUUCAAGAUUAAACUUUAAUUGAAUUUGACUCUCCUCCCCGAAAUCUUUCCAUCAAUCGAGCGUAAAUUUGGGUAAAACUUUCUUUUGAACAUGUUAUAAGAUCACUUCCUCUUAAUAAUAGUUGCAAUUUAUGUAAAGGGACCCAUCUGAUAGAAAGGCUUGUAGUUCUUAGAAGAUAAACGUUAUUAUGAAUUAGAAUAAUUUGAUAAUGAAACCCCUCUUGAUGCUUUCCUUUUUAUACAUUCAUUCAUUCAUUCAUUUUCCAUGCCGCUUUUUUUCCUCACGAGGGUCGCGGAGGUGCUGGAGCCUAUCCCAGCUAACUAUGGGCAGUAGGCAGGGGACACCCUGAACUGGUUGCUAGCCAAUCACAGGGCCCUUUUUAUACAAUUUGUAAAAUUAGUUUAACUAGUAGGUCGCCACUGUUGUUGACGUCGCAGGGUGGUGACGUCACAUGGCUAUGCUGCCAGGCUUCUAGAGAAUGACUCUAGCGACGUAAACAUGUCCUCUUUUCAACCCUUUCAAUUUGAACCCGAGAGGAACAUUAAUGAGCAUGACAGAACUGUCGAUAUUUCACAAAACGAGCAGCAAAAGCAAAAUGAACAGGAAAGACGGGAUGAGACGAGACGAGGGUAGGGAAAAAAAAUGGUGUUCUGCCAAUAGUGCUGCACCGGCGAAAUGUCCUACAACAGACAAAUUUGACACCCAAAGUACCACCGUGCGCUUUCAGCUUGUUUUGUUUAGAUGCAUCCAGACAGAACAUACUAAAGAUGCCUUAUGAAAAUACUUAACCCUAGUAAAAUCAAAUAGGGGUGGUUUAAAAAUGCUACGUGACUAAUGUGGUCAACAGAUCAACAAUCUGAUUUAAAGCAACCACAAGAAAGCGCAAUGCUUAAAAGUAUGAGCGGGAAACACAUGCAAAAAGUAUUUUGAGGCAAUUAAAGGUAAUAAAAGACUAAAAAAACAAAAAAAAAACACACAAACAGAAAGUACACAUUAAGCCUGAACGAUAUAGCCUAUCGUUUAAACAUCGUCAUCACGAUGUGUGCGUGCGCGAUAGUCCCAUCGCAAGUACGUGCGAUAUUUUUUUUUUUUUUUUAAAUCCAACGCCCUGCUUUCUGCUCUGCGCAGAGCCUCACACGCUCUUUGAACAUCACAGUCACUGCAGCACUUGCUUAUUAAAGUUAACGAUGCUGGUAUCUUUGAUCUUGCCAAAGAAGCGGACAUCAUAGCGCAGCAGCUGUCAAUCAUGGUUUAACUUGUAAAACACUAGCCACGUUUACAUGCUGACUUUUAUUCAUACCGAUUCAAAUCAUUCCGAAUGGAAAUUUCACAUCAGCUGUUUACAUGUCACUUCAUCUAUUCCGAUCCAGCGUUUACAUGUGACUGCCUUUAUUCCGAAAGGACGUUUGACAACUGCCGUCUGACAUGCGCAGAUUAAUCAAAAUAAAGCAUCACGUUGCAAAACAUGGAGAUCGAUCGUCAGAUCAGCUGCUAUUUUAACUUUUCGAGUGGAAACAAAACUUCAGAAUGAUACGCCGUUCAUUUAAAAAGUUGUGUGGGUGCGCUGUGCGUGUGCUUGGAAGCCAUGUUGCAAGUGACGUUACUUACGUCACCAAGUGACGUCACCACGUCAGUACGGAGCAUGCGCAGAAAGAACGCAACCAGACACCAUUCCGCUUCCCUGUUUACAUGAUAUAAUUUUACUUCUAAUCGGUUUGGGAAAAGGAAUAUUCCACCCCUGUGAAUCGGAAUGAAAUUCCAUUCGGUUUGGGCCUGUUCAUUCCGAAUGAGGUGUUUAUAUGGAACACAUUUAUUCGGUUUGAACAAAUAUUCCGAUUGUAAUCGGAAUAUUUGGCUCCAUGUAAACGUGGCAAGUGUCUGCAAGGAAGCCGCUUUGGAAUGAAUGUGUGUGUUUGGAGACGUUUGAGACAUAAAUUAAAUGCCAGAAGUGAUCACGAGGAGUUUGUAAUUUCUACAUGUCCAACAAGAGUCACAGCUAAGGUAGAUAAACAGAAGUAUUUAAUAAAGCCAAUCAUUUUUCGACUACAGUACUUUAUUCUUGUUCAAAAAUGAUUUGGUUGGACAGUUAUGUUUAAAACUGAUCAUAAUAUAACAUAACAUUUGAAGUGCUUAAAACCAUUUAUUAAU